GAAGAAGAGCGUCUUCAGAAAGAGCGCGUGCGUCAAGUUCCAGGACCCCAUAUGCGAUUUCGAGGAUCCGCCAGAGGACUCCGCCAGCGCCAGCCGCGACAAGAGCAAAUACAACGUCGCGGCUCUGGAUUUCAUCGCGCAGUCGAAGCGCGAUCUGGCGGGCCUUGUGGAGCACCACCUCACGACAGAGAAGGCGUCCGACGAGGCGCAGCGGCUUCAGUCCAUGGGAGCAGCGCACUUGCCCACGGCCAAGGGCAGUAGCACCGUCGAGAAGGAGCUGAAGGACAUAGCGGCGGUGCGCUGGGACCCAGAAGGAGUCAUCACAAUUUCUUCGUUCGUCGUGCGCUUGGACACCGGCCCUGGCCCGAAGGGGACAACCGCCAAGAAGUUGCAUCAGCUGCCGCAGCUGCUGGCCAGCAUCGAGACCCCGUGGGCAGCCGUGGGGGAUUGGAACGUUGCGCCAGAAGGCCACGCGCAGCCGCCAUUGGUUGGAAAAGAAGUCGGCAGCGCAACCGGCUGCCCCAACUGGGGCACGCGCUACUUGCGCGAGUGG